CUUUUCAACCCAUUCUCAUCAUUUUUUGUUUUGUUUUGUUUUGUUUUUGUGUUUUUUACGCUCCACAUUUCUGGAAGUGUGAAAAUGACUUCCUCUUCAUCUUCUUCUGAAGUGCUUGUGAAUUUUGUAAUGGUGGUGGUGCUCGUAAUGGGCACCUCCUCUGCUCAACUUUGCACUGAUUUCUACGCGGAGACAUGUCCCAAUGUACACAAGAUUGUGAGAUCAGUGGUUGCCUCUGCGGUGUCAAAGGAAAAGCGCAUGGGUGCUUCUCUUCUUCGCCUCCACUUCCAUGACUGCUUCGUUCAAGGUUGUGAUGGAUCAAUACUCCUUGACGACACUUCAUCAUUUAGAGGAGAAAAGACUGCAGGUCCUAAUAAUGGAUCUGUUAGGGGAUACAAUGUAAUUGAUGAUAUUAAGUUCAAAGUGGAGGCUGCUUGUCCUAAUAUAGUCUCAUGUGCUGAUAUUGUAGCUAUCGCAGCUCGUGACUCUACUGUUAUUCUUGGAGGGCCAACUUGGGGUGUUAAACUUGGACGUAGGGAUUCUAGAACAGCGAGUUUUAAACUUGCCAAUGGUGGUGCACUCCCAAGUCCGACUUCUAGCCUCCAAACACUCAUAUCUACCUUCAACAAUGUUGGCCUUUCCACCAAGGAUUUGGUUGCUCUAUCAGGAUCACAUACAAUAGGCCAAGCAAGGUGUACAGUCUUCAAAGCUCGUAUUUAUGGCGAUGCCAAUAUUGAUAGUUCCUUUGCAAUGACAAGGCAAGUUAGAUGUCCAAAUACUACUAGCCCUAGUCCUGCAGACAACAAUUUGGCUCCUCUUGACCUUCAAAGUCCCACAUUUUUUGACAACAAUUACUACAAGAACCUGAUCAUGCAAAAAGGUCUCCUUCACUCAGAUCAAGAGUUGUACAAUGGUGGAUCAACUGAUUCCCUCGUUAAACAAUACAUCAGAGAUCCCCAAUCCUUCAACUCCGACUUUGGUGCAGCAAUGGUUAAGAUGGGUGACAUUAGUCCUUUGACUGGAUCAAAUGGAGAGAUAAGAAAGAACUGUAGGAUGGUUAAUAAUUAAGAAAUUUGAGUUAAGCUCCUUAACACUCAAAUAAAGAUUUUGAAAUUUCUCAAAAA